AUGCUGCAGAGCGGUGCGAGAGCGUACAGCCGGACAGCCGCCACCUCCCAGCUGCAUCUCGACUUUCUUGCGCCCUUGACAUGGAUCCGAGCAGCGAGGCCAGUGUCGGCCUUCCGAAGAAGCACCCAGCUUCGCCAUGCUACACCGCAACCUCGCCGCGCGCUAGCCACCUCCACCGACCCCUCUCUCGCAACCCCCGCGCGUGCAAUCCUCCAUCCACGCACUGACGACUCCGGCACACCCAUGGCCAUCUCCAUCUCACCGCGCGCCUCACACCGCCUCUCCAGCAUCGCCCAAAAAGACGGAAACCCAAACUCUGCUCUGCGCAUCAGCAUCGAGAGCGGCGGCUGCCACGGCUUCCAGUAUCUCAUGUCGCUCACGGACCUUGGAAGAGAACCAGCGACCGAAGAAGACACCGUGUUUGAGGGCGAGAAGGGCGAGAAGGUGGUGGUUGAUGAAAGCAGUUUGGAGCUGCUGAACGGGAGUACCGUGGACUAUACGAUGGAGUUGAUCGGGAGCCAAUUCAAGAUUACAGGGAUCCCAGGAGCGACGAGUAGUUGCGGGUGUGGCACAAGUUUCGACAUCAAGCUUGACUAG